CGACACAUGCUCCAGCGUGGCAUUUUGUCUCGGAUUUUGUAUCCAGCUCCCGAACCAAGCUAUACAAUUGACAGUUUCCCGAGCGAACUCGUGUGGGUGCCGAAGAGGAGUUCUUUGGACGGCGACGUUCCACCUGUGGGAGUUGACAGUGUGCCUUGCCUGUUGUUGACGUAUCCCUUCAGCCGAUAUUUGAUAUUGUUCUUUCACAGCAAUGCAGAAGAUUUGGGCAGAUGUUUCUCUUUUUGCCACAUGCUCCGAGACAAGUUCCAAGCCCAUGUGUUAGCAGUUGAAUAUCCUGGAUACGGCUUGUGCCCGGGCGUGGCCAGUGGCAAGACUGUGAUGGAGAAUGCUCUGUCCGCCUUACAUUUUGCAACUCAGAGCUUGUCUUGGCCGAUUGAUGGCAUCAAGAUAUUUGGCAGGUCAAUCGGCACAGGACCUGCCAUCAAAUUGGCCUCGUUGUUCCGGUUUGCCGGCGUAAUAUUGGUGACGCCUUUCCUGUCUGUGGCAGAUCUUUUCAAAGACAGGGUGGGUCCUUUGGCAUGCUUUGUAGAGGAGUGGUAUCCAAAUCUUGAACUGGCUCCCAAAAUGUCGAGCCCGGUUUUGCUGAUUCAUGGCAGAGCUGAUGACAUGAUUGCUUUCCGACAUGCAGAGAAGCUUUAUGCUGCAAUAUCUUCCCGAAAGUUACUAAUCUCGCCUCCUGGCAUGUCUCAUAAUACGAACUUGAUGAACGAUAUGAACUUGUUGGUGUUACCAGCAACGCAAUUCUUCUCGCUUCCAGAUUAUGUAUUUCACGACUUGCGGGUGCCACGCUGGGCGUUGGAUAUUAGCCGCUGCACAGCAUCGCACCGGCCCUCAUGGCUGACUCUGAUCCAGCGUGAGGGAAGAGCCCUACUCCAACUGGGCCAGCACUUGACAGCCAAACCGCACUUCUUUGUGGGCAAAGUACAGACUUCGCCUUUGGUUAGCUGCUGUGGAUCAGGCCGAAUGUCUGAUUCUUGGCCGCCAACUCUUGGAGAGAGCUGCUGCAGCCGGGCCAGUGUAGAUCAGCACGAGACUGCGGAGAGCAGUCAGGUUGGCUAUGAUCUGGGUACCAUGCACCAGAGAGGAUCGCAGCGCGCAGUUCCUUGCACAGAUCCAAUCCAGCCAGUCGCAGUCUCAUUGUUGGCGCAGCUUCGGCAUGAGGAGUUCCAAGAAGAGGAAGUUUCCCCACGCGUCAUGGGUGGAGAGCGCUGGCCCGCAAAGCACGCUGAAAGGCCUGAUGUCUCAGUUUGA